UGCCGCUGGCCGCGAGCGGGAACCGGGCGCGAGCGCGAGCGCGAGCAGAGCGCAGCCGCUAGGAAGGCGCGGGGGAGGCGAGCCGGAGCCGGAGCUGAGCCCGAGCCCGAGCCCGAGCCGGAGCGCUAGCAGCCGCCAGUGGCCGGAGAGCCCCGGGGCACAGCCGGAGCCGGAGCCGCCGCCGCCGCGAUGGCCGUGGCCGUGGGGAGACCGUCGAAUGAAGAGCUUCGAAACUUGUCCCUUUCUGGCCAUGUUGGAUUUGAUAGUCUCCCUGACCAACUGGUCAACAAGUCCACUUCUCAAGGAUUCUGUUUCAACAUCCUGUGCGUGGGUGAGACAGGCAUCGGCAAAUCCACCUUAAUGGACACUUUAUUCAACACCAAAUUUGAAAGUGACCCAGCUACUCACAAUGAGCCAGGUGUCCGGUUAAAAGCCAGAAGUUAUGAGCUUCAGGAAAGCAACGUACGGCUGAAGCUAACCAUUGUUGACACCGUGGGGUUUGGAGACCAGAUAAAUAAAGAUGACAGCUAUAAGCCAAUAGUGGAAUAUAUUGAUGCCCAGUUUGAGGCCUACUUGCAAGAGGAAUUGAAGAUCAAACGUUCUCUCUUCAACUAUCAUGACACGAGGAUACAUGCCUGCCUCUACUUCAUCGCUCCUACUGGACACUCGCUGAAGUCCCUGGAUUUGGUUACCAUGAAGAAGCUGGACAGCAAGGUGAACAUCAUCCCAAUAAUUGCAAAAGCUGACACCAUUGCCAAGAAUGAAUUGCACAAGUUCAAGAGUAAGAUCAUGAGUGAACUAGUCAGCAAUGGGGUUCAGAUUUAUCAGUUCCCCACAGAUGAAGAAACCGUGGCAGAGAUUAAUGCAACCAUGAGUGUCCAUCUCCCGUUUGCAGUGGUUGGCAGUACUGAAGAGGUGAAGAUUGGUAACAAGAUGGCAAAGGCCAGGCAGUACCCCUGGGGUGUGGUGCAGGUUGAGAAUGAAAACCACUGUGAUUUUGUGAAGCUGCGGGAGAUGCUGAUCCGUGUGAACAUGGAGGACUUACGGGAGCAGACACACACCCGCCAUUACGAAUUGUACCGACGCUGCAAGCUUGAGGAAAUGGGCUUCAAGGACACUGACCCUGACAGCAAGCCCUUCAGUCUUCAGGAGACAUAUGAAGCCAAAAGGAAUGAAUUCCUGGGAGAGCUGCAGAAGAAAGAAGAAGAGAUGAGACAAAUGUUUGUUAUGAGAGUGAAGGAAAAAGAGGCAGAACUUAAAGAGGCUGAGAAGGAGCUUCAUGAGAAAUUUGACCUUCUAAAGCGGACACACCAAGAGGAGAAGAAGAAGGUGGAAGACAAGAAGAAGGAGCUGGAGGAGGAGGUGAACAAUUUUCAGAAGAAGAAAGCAGCGGCCCAGUUACUGCAGUCACAGGCCCAGCAGUCUGGGGUCCAGCAAACCAAGAAAGACAAGGAUAAGAAAAAUGCAAGCUUCACAUAAAGCCUGGCCCGCCAAGGAUGUUCCCGCAUUCACCUGCUUUUGCAGUAACCGUGUAUCUCUGCCAUCUUUGUCCUUUUGUUUUAUUUGAUUGUUUUGCCCUUCCCCAAAUACCAAUAACUCUUAACUCAUUUUGCUGAAUGUUGUCGGGUGGUGGAACACCGUAGAACAAGGGAAUAGCAAACAGCAAAUGCUCUGUGCAGCUGGACUCUAUUUCUGGCAAGUCGAUGACUGGCUUUGUAUGCCUGUUCCAAAUGGCAGCGGGAAGCAUGCCCUGUUACUUGUAUGUCGCUUUGGACAGAGGAAAGUGGGGGUAAAAUGCUACCUGUACGUCUGAUGUGAAAACUUCUCACCGCCUCAGCAGCUCAACUAAAACCCUGAGUAGCCAUGGCAACAACUGAUCGCACAGUCCCUGAGCUCACUGUCUCUUCUUCUCCACACCUGCCGCAAACCAAGGCAGAUUUGUAUGUAGGCAGAACAGUGGGUAAGCAUUGCAGAUAUCUUCUACCUUUGCAUGAAUGUUUCACUUUAAUUGCCUGCAUUACUUGGCCUGAGCUUGUGGUCUGUUCAGACUGUCUCCUCUUAGGGAACAAGACUACAUCUGAACACUGCCUCUUCAAGCCUAGCCCAGUUGGUAUGGACGGGUAUAAGAAAGUGAUGAUUAAGUUCACGUUCACCCGCGCACCUUUGCCUUUGACCCUCUCAAAGAUCACAAGUCUCAAAGGUCAGGUUAUAAAACCUUAAUAGAAGAGUCUACCACUGAGCACAGUAGGCUUCCCACAUCUCACUUCAUAGACCUAAACCCUACAUUUGCUCUGUGAGUUGAGAGUCAGGACCUUCUGAUUCCCGGCUAAGGGGACUUCCAUUAAAAGUUUUCAUUCAUGAGAAAAUUGCCACAAAUUCUUCCAAUGGAAAUUUUGCUGUGAACCAUGUGUCAUCAGCAUAUAUUGGCAAGGACCAUGUGAAUUUAAGGUGGAAUGGGGAGGAGUGUACAUACCCAUGGGUCAAGAAAGUUGUUUUGCUUUUUAAAAAGGAAAGAAUAGAAAUGAAACCUCCCUUCCACCUUCCUGGCUGGGAUCUGGUUGUCAGGGCGUGUCCUCCCCUGUGCCCUCACUGUGACUAGCCCCGCCCACCUCACCAGGCGGCCUCGGUCUUACGCCAGGACGUGACCUAGCUGUCCGAGUGGUGUGGAGAAGGACAUGUUUUCUCUCUGGUGCUCCCUUUCAUCUGCACAGUGCCCCUUCCACUCCUAACUGGAUCCUUCCAACUCUGCCAUCUCCCGUUCUUCCUCAGAAAGGUAACCUUUGCAUGAACCCAGUACUUCGUCUCAGACAGCCCCUCCUUACACGAAACAGGAUAGAUUAUGCUGCACUUCCCUUCCUCUCCCAACAUAAGACGGUUUUCUAAAAAAAAAAGAAAGAAAGAAAGAAAGAAAGACUAAAUCUGACUCCAGCAGAGAUGAUUUCCCCCUUGUCUUCAUCCCAUCGUCAUGAGCUGGUUUGGGCUUCCUUAAGCAACUGGGGAAAUCCAUUUCACUGAGGUGAACUUAAGCUGUAGACUUAGAAGCAGCAGCAGAGAUUCUCACAAGUCAAGGGGCCACUGCACCAGCAUUUUUGUCUUUGCGCAUGUUUUAAAAAUAUUUCUGGCCUGAAGCUCGCUGCAGAGCGAGAAGUAUCGAUGGCAUGCUGACUCUUAACCUUGGGCUGUAUUUGCUCCUGUGCUGGGCGCUUGCACAAAAGCUUGAAAAGUUGUGUUGUAUGUUCCAACCUCUGCUUGUGUGAGCAUUUUUUGUGCCUGGUAAUAGCUCAUUGCUCAAUUCUAUUUCUUGCAUCCCUAAAAGGUCUUAAAAAUGAGCCUAGCAACAUAAACCAUCCAGCUGACUUUUUGAUGCCAAGAAUUAUUGAUUUUUUUUCAUUAAAUUUUUCACAGCAAAAUGAAUGGAGAGUCAGGGAAUAAAAAGUCUAAAGGAACACAGACUUUUUUUUUUUUUAAUGUGCUGCUUCUGAAACUUUUUUCUACACUGCUCCCCAACCCUGUUUAGUUUGUUACUGCUGCUCUUUUCUUUCUGUAUCUAUACCUUUUUUCACAGUAGUCCUUGGCUCUGCACGGAAUAAAUGAUACCCUCAAAUCUAAUUGGAUGUGCUUUCGCCUUUGCAUGUAAGUACAGCAGGAAGAAACCUCUGAGAUCUUUCUGAUUUUAAAAUUAGAGGAAACAUUGGGAUGGAUUUUUUUUCUUCAUUUUAGAGUAGGGUAAGGUGAUAAUAGUCUGAGUAGACUUUUUUUUUUUAAAGCUGAAUAUACCUAUGAGAUUGUCCCAUUUAUAUAUUUCCUACAAUUUGUAUGUUUUUCAAUUUCUUGAUCUCAAAUGUGGAUGUCAGAGAUCGCUACUCCUAGCCUGUGGGCUUCACUAGUUACCAGAGGAUCCUUGAUUUUGAUGGUGAAAACUAAGCUAAAAUGAGCCACUCUUAUCUUCUAUUGGAAACAAACAAACAAAAAAAGGAACACUUUUAUGCCAGGCUACCUUUAUGGCUACCUCCCUACAUUUGGAAUCUAGUUUUGUGGCCUCUUCUUGGUGCUAGCUGCACAGUGGUCUUCUCUUUUGUGCCAGUUAGCUCUGGCUAGCCUCCCUCCAUAUCUUUUUAUUCUGCUGGACUGCAGAUACCCAUAGCAGUUGGGUGUGCUGUAGCAUAUGAUAGAAAAGCCUGUAUGGAAUUCAUUGGCCAUUUAGCUGUGUUUUCCAAGCUUCGGACCUAUUAAUGAGUCAAGGUUUUACCCAGAAGGGCAUCUCACAACCAUGGGAGUUGUUUCAUGUGAUCCUAGUUGUGAGUUUAUCUUCCUUCCUUGCUUCACAAAUCACCAGCAAUAACACUUAACUCUGGAUCUUAUGCACCUCAGAUAAACAGACUUGGUUGCCUUGUUUUCUUGACAAAGCUGAAAGUGUUUCACAGAUCAAACUGUUGGAUUUGGGUUCUCAGCUGUCCCGACACAUGUCAUACUGUCUUUGUGUGGUCUUCCCAGAACCGUCCAAUCAGAUCCCUUGGUUCUUGCCAUGUGCCAGUGUCUGGAUUGUCAAGUCUCACCUUCCAAAAGCCCUGCUUCCAUUGGCAGGACACAUCUCUGAUGCUGAUAACUUCUUGGCAGGCAUUAUGACCUAUGAAGUUUAGUUUGUAUGUAGGUAUGAAGGGGAAUUUUUAAAAAAUAAAUUGAAAAUUAAGCUGUGAACAGCAUUAGAAUUGUCUAUUUCUUGAUUUUAAAAUAUGCGGAUAUGCCUUAAACUGUAGUUGUAGAUUCUUGUCAUUUUUGCUGUUUGAAAAUAACCAAUAUGUUUUUCUAAAACGGUUGUGUAAUCUACUUCCACUGUUAAUGCAGAAUUGUCAUAAAUGUAAGCUGCAUGUUAGACCCUUGUCUUUUUUUAAGAACUAAAAUAAUUGUAUUGAUGUGAAGCAUCGUUAUUUCUUCAAGUGUGCAAGUACUCACUUGGCUACCUGCCAGGUUGUGGUGUCUGUUAAAGUAGAGAGUGGCAAACAGGUAAUCUAUGCAUAUAUCAUCACUAGUGCCAACACUUAGUGCGGGGGGGAGGGGAAAUAUAUUUUUACCCAAAUGUU